AUCAUACGCUCAAACCUUGACAUAUGAAUAGGCGUGCCUAGGUUACUAAACUGCUUAAUUUAUCUAAAGAAAAACGGUCGGAAAUUGAUACAGCCUAUAAAAAAAAUGCCCCAGCUAAAUAAAUACUGGAAUGCACAAGGAGGGACCGUUCUCUCUUUGAGCUGCGCCAAAGUAGCAUAUGUUGGACUAUAAUAAUUUAUAGAUAGCAUGACAGUAAACAAGCAACUGCUAGAGGGAGCUAACACGGAAAACGAUUUGAUACGAGAAGAAAACAUGCAUCGAUACCUCUUUGCCUAAUGCUAGUGGAUGCGUCCAGGUAAAUAAGCUAGGCUACACCAGGAACAAUGUGCAGUGGCCGCGGUCAUCACAACAACGCAUGGAUCGCGACCUCAUCCUGCCAGCUUCUGUGUUGCGGUGCUCUGGAAUUGCCUAAUAACAAUCUAAUUUCUGACAUAGGCUACAGCUUUCACAACGCACCACGCCUACUCAUCAUUGAACGCACCUCGAUUAACCAUCUUCGCCAGUGCACAGUGUGCUUUUCAAAAGGGAGCGAAAGAGAGACUGGUCCGCAUCUCCUCAUGUCGCGGAGAAAGGAACAUUGGAUAGACGAGGCAAGGAUGGGUGGUUUGACACUGAUUCUGCAUCCAUGAGCGCCUUCACUUCCAUAGUGUUGUUUUUUGACCCAGGUACCACUGGAUAGUUCUGGCGAGCGAGAAAGAAACUGCUGUUAGGAAGUUUGGAUGCAAAUGGCCACAACCACCAUGAUCUUUAUGAUUUUGGGGGCUUCACUUGUGAUGGCAGUAGCGUGUCUAACGGACAUGAACGCUCUACUAGACCGCUUUCACAACUACAUCUUACCACAUUUACGAGGGGAGGACCGCGUCUGCCAUUGCAACUGUGGAAGGCACCAUGUCCACUAUGUGAUCCCGUACGAUGGGGACCAGUCUCUGGUAGACUCGGCAGAGAACUACUUUGUGAGUGAUAGCGUGACCAAGCAGGAGCUGGACCUGAUGCUGGGGCUGCUGCUGGGCUUCCUCCUCAGCUGGCUACUGCUGUGGCUGGACGGGGCGCUGCACGCUGCCCUCAGGGCCUGGAGGGCCAAACAGCACCAUGAUGUGUUCUCCUGGUCAUGGGUUCCCCGCUUCUGUAACCUGAGAGACCUGGGGAGACGGGUGCACCUGAGGAAGCUGGAGGACUCCAGUGGGAACAUGGUGCACAUUAAGCAGAAGCUGUACCACAAUGGGCACCCCAGCCCUCGUAACCUCUGAGGGCCAUUGCACAUUGGACACCCCAGCCCACGCCACCUCUGAGAGCCAUGGCACAACGGCCACCCCAUUCCACAUCAACUCUGAGAGCAAUGGACUGGCUGAGACAGAUUGAGACCUGCUGUCAACUGACCAACCAGACUUUAGCCACAUGGGCAACUAAAGAAUGACUAUCCAAGAUAUACCUUUCAAACCAUACUGUUUCUUAUGGACACUGGAUAGAGCACUUUCUCAAGUGACCCCAUGGUCUUCACCCACAGUGCACUCCUCACCCCCCAUAUUUUAUGUAAAAAGAUUGUAGUUAAUGAGAAUCCAUUUAGGAGGGCGUAAGCAAUUUGCCAGAGUGUGUCUGUUUUUGAAAAUAGUUAUAUAUAUUUUGUUUUAGAAUGUCAAUUUUGCUAGAAGUGGGGAUAGGGUGUAUUCAGUAUUUUGCUUGGGUUUUGUCAGUUUGUAAAAACAUGUGUUAAUUUUGCCUGAAGAUGUCAGUUUUGAAAUUAGAAUAUUUAUUUUGCUCAAGGUUGUUUAUUUUUGACAGGGGUUUGUGUAUUGGAAGAGGCACACUAUAUAUACAAAAGUAUGUGGACACCACUUCAAAUUAGUGGAUUCGGCUAUUUCAGCCACACCCAUU